AGUAUCCCAGAGGAAGCCGCGCCUGGCCGCUCGUGCGCAGGCCUCAGUUUCGUUCAGAUUGCGCGCCGCGCCGAAUGACCGUCUCGUGCGCAUGCUUACUCUUUGUCGUUGAAGUGACCAGUUUCGGGUGUCAUUACUGCUGAACCGAAACCUGUUGAAAGUGAAGAACAGCGAUCGCUAUCCUGAACGGAGGGAGAAGUCGUCCAGGAGGCGUGACACGCGCAACGCAGUGCAACAAGUGUUUUGCCACUCGAACGUACGAGUAGCUGAUGUGACGACACUCUUCUGCCCUGAUAAUCGAAAGGGAACACUCGAGUGAGGAGACCAUGGCCACACUAUCACUGCGAAUCAGCAUUGUCGACAAAAAUGUUACGAAGACUAUGCAAUUUGACCCAACAACUACAGUUUAUGAUGCCUGCCGGAUAAUAAGGGAAAAAAUAUCUGAAGCCAACCAAGGGCAGCCAAAAGAUUAUGGUCUUUUCUUAGCAGAUGAAGAUGCUAAGAAAGGGGUGUGGUUGGAACCGGGAAGAAACUUGGAGUAUUACAUUUUGAGGAAUGGUGAUCUGUUAGAAUAUCGAAAGAAGUUACGAACUCUCCGUGUCAGGAUGCUGGAUGGUACAGUGAAGACAUUACUGGUGGAUGACAGCCAACCAGUAGUGAAUUUAAUGGUUGUUAUUUGCACAAAGAUUGGAAUUACCAAUCAUGAUGAAUACAGUCUUGUUAGAGAGAACCAGGAGGAAGAGCUAGAAAAUAAACCAAAUUUCGGAACCCUUACUUUGAAACGAAAGAAAGAGGAAAAGGAACGCGAUGCCAAAAUGGACCAACUGAGAAAGAAGCUUAAAACAGAUGAUGAAGUGAACUGGAUUGAUCCUUCUAAAACACUUCGUGAACAAGGUAUUGACGAAGGUGAAACUGUCCUCCUGCGACGUAAGUUCUUUUUCUCAGAUCAAAAUAUUGAUUCGAGAGACCCAGUACAAUUGAACCUUUUAUAUGUCCAAGCAAGAGAUGCAAUGUUGGACGGAACACACCCUGUGACUCAAGAUAAAGCAUGUGAGUUUGCUGGUAUUCAGUGUCAAAUACAGUUUGGUGAUCAUAAUGAGAAUAGGCAUCGUCCAGGAUUUCUUGAUUUGAAAGAAUUUUUACCACAGUCGUAUGUUAAAGUUAAAGGUAUUGAAAAGAAGGUUUUCUCUGAACACAAGAAACAUAUCGGAUUAUCUGAACUUGAUGCUAAAGUGCUAUACACUAAAACAGCUCGUUCUCUUCCCACUUAUGGUGUAACAUUCUUCCUUGUAAAGGAGAAAAUGAAAGGCAAGAACAAAUUGGUGCCUCGACUUUUGGGUGUGACAAAAGAUUCUGUGCUGCGCUUGGAUGAAAAAACUAAGGAGAUUCUGAAGACAUGGCCACUGACUACCGUCAGGCGCUGGGGUGCAUCUCCAAAUACUUUCACUCUUGAUUUUGGUGAUUACUCUGAUCAGUACUACUGUGUUCAAACCACUGAGGCUGAACAGAUUUUACAGCUCAUCUCAGGAUACAUUGAUAUAAUUCUCAAAAAGAAGCAGUCAAAAGACCAUUUUGGCAUUGAGGGUGAUGAAGGUUCAACCAUGGUUGAAGACAGUGUUUCUCCACUGAAGGCUACUAUCCUACAACAUGAGACAAACCGCGUUGUUAAAGUUAACACUGAAUCCUUGGCUAAACCUGCAGUCAUUCGACCAGGUGCAGAUGGUGCACGUCCUUAUGGCACGGGCCACAUUGCUGGUGCACAGCUGACGACAGUGAGCGGCCAGGUCAACCUGGCCCACGUGCCACCAAUGGUACAGACAACCAAAGUGACAAGUGUAUUGACAGAACCACAACGUGCCCUGCUGGGAACUAUUAGUGCUGGCCACGACAUUAUUGAUUCUGCAGGACGUGAUUUACAGACUAAAGCAGAGGUUCCACCCUUAGGAUCAGACCCUGCUUCGCUGAAAUGGAAGGAAUCUACACUGGAUACAAACAAGCAAAGUGUAAGCUCACAAAUUGCGGCAAUGAAUGCUGCUACAGCACAAGUUGUUACAUUAACUUCAGGACCUGCAGAAGAUGUGGAUCACACUGCUGUUGGUGCAGCCAUUACAACAAUUACAAGCAACCUGCCAGAGAUGACACGCGGUGUGCGUAUGAUAGCAGCCCUGAUGGAGGAUGACACAUCUGGAGAAAAACUGUUGGAUGCAGCAAGGCGUUUGUGUUCAGCUUUUAGUGACUUACUUAAAGCUGCUGAACCAGAAACUAAAGAGCCUCGUCAGAACUUGUUGAAUGCAGCAAGUAGAGUGGGUGAAGCUUCACACCAGGUCCUGACAACUAUGGGAGAUGGUGAUGAACAGAGUCGAGAGCUUCAAGAUCUACUCUUGAGCCUAGCCAAAGCUGUGGCUAAUACAACAGCUGCACUUGUUCUGAAAGCAAAGAAUAUUGCAGCCACAUGUGAUGAACAAGCGACACAGAAUCGUGUCAUAGGAGCUGCUACACAAUGUGCAUUAGCUACCUCCCAACUUGUUGCAUGUGCUAAGGUUGUGGCUCCAACAUUGCACAGUCCAGCUUGUCAGGAACAGCUGGUUGCUGCAGUGCGUGAGGUGGCACGUGCUGUAGAGGGUCUUGUUGCAGUAUGUAAUGACAGCUGUUCUGAUGAACACUUGUUACGAGAAUUGACUCAUGCUGCAUCAGAAGUUACUCGCACAUUGAACGAUCUUCUGCAUCACAUCAAGCUUAGCAGCCGGGAGAAGGCCCAUGAAAGUGUACAGGAAGGAGCAGUUGAAACAAUCCUGGUGGCAACAGAUAAAUUAUUUGCAUCAUCUGGAGAUGCUGGAGAGAUGGUGAGACAGGCUAGAAUAUUGGGGCAAGCAACUGCUCACCUUAUACAAGCAAUAAAGGGAGAGGCGGAAAAGCAGCCAGAUUCAGAACUACAAAGACGAUUGUUGGCUGCAGCAAAAACAUUAGCUGAUGCAACUGCACGGAUGGUUGAAGCUGCCAGACUGUGUGCAUCCAGUCCCCAAGAUGCUGGUGCUCAGGAUGAAUUACGCAGAGCUGCAGAAGAAUUGCGUACUGCUACAGCGGCUGCUGCCACACCUGCAUUGCGUCGAAAAAUUGUAUCUCGCCUAGAGGCAGCAGCAAAGCAAGCAGCAAGUACUGCAACACAGUGUAUAGCUGCUGCUCAGGGAGCAUCCUACCACAACACUAGUAAACCUGCUCAAGAGGAACUUAUGAUGGAUUGCAAGGCUAUGGCUGACCAUAUCCCAGCUCUUGUUGAGGGUGUCAAGGGAACCCUGUCAAAUCCUGAUAAUCCAACUGCUCAACUUAACCUCAUUGAUGCAUCAGAACAGUUUCUUCAACCAGGUGCACGUGCAGUGCAGAGUGCAAGAACAGUAUUACCAACAGUAACAGACCAAGCAAGUGCAAGGCAGUUAUCAACAGCAUCUAAUCAGCUUGGUGCAGCACUGGCUGAUCUCCGCUCUGCUGUAGGUCGUGCACGUGAAGCUUGUGGAGUUCUUGAACUGGAAUCAGCUGCAGAGGUCAUUCGUAACCUUAAAAUGGAACUUCAGGCUUUCCAGAGAGCAACUGAACUUCGCCCUUUACCAGGAGAAACGGCUGAAUCUGCGAGCCUUCAGCUGGGUGCAACAUCAAAAAGUGUUGCAGCAAAUAUGUCCCAGCUUGUCACUGCAGCUGUGCAAGGCAAUGAAAAUUAUACUGGUAUAGCAGCCCGAAACACAUCCAAUUCUCUGAGAGACCUUACUGUGGCUGUGCGAGGUGUUGCUGCAACUACCUCAAACAAAGAAACCAAAGCAAAGAUAAUUGAUAAUGCCGAGGAAGUAAUGGAUCACUCACUUGAACUAAUUGAACAGGCAAGAUAUGUGCUGAAGAAUUUAGAUCAACCGGAUAAUACACAGAAGCUCAGUAGAGUUGUCAAAGAAGUUUCUCAGUCUUUGAGUAAAUGUGUUGGAUGUCUUCCUGGGCAAAAGGAUGUUGACGAAGCCAUCCAUUCCAUAACAGAUGCAUCUAUGAUUCUGGAGAAAGGAGAGUUUCCUGUAACAAAUAAAUCUUAUGGGCAACUGCAACAAGAACUAAAUUCGGCAGCAGCAAAUCUGAAUGAUGCUUCAGCAGAGGUGGUUCAGUCAGUUCAUAGUCCAGCACAGCUUGCUGCUUCAUCUCGGCAAUUUGGGUCAGCGUUUGGUGACUUGAUUGGUGUGAGCAUGGAAAUGGCUGGCCAAACAAAGGAUAAGGAAGUACAAGGUCAGAUGGUGGUGUCGCUGAAAAAUGUGUCCAUGUCAUCUUCAAAACUCCUUGUCACAGCAAAAACAGUAGCAGCUGAUCCAACUGCACCUAAUGCUAAAAAUCAAUUGACUGCAGCUGCGAGAGGAGUGACUGACAGCAUUAAUUACCUAAUCGAUGUCUGUACAUCAGCUGCACCAGGGCAGAAGGAGUGUGAUAAUGCAAUUCGAAACAUACAGUCGAUGCGUCCUCUUUUGGAUAACCCAAGUGAACCAGUUAAUGAUUCUACUUACUUUGAGUGCUUGGAUACUGUGAUGGAGAAGUCAAAGAGUCUAGGGGAUGGAAUGACAGGAAUAGCAAAUCAUGCAAAGGAGUCUCAACAUGAGCAAUUCGGUGAGUCAGUAAAGAGUGUGUCAAGCUCGAUUUGUGGCCUGGUAGAAGCAGCAGCACAAGCAGCAUAUUUGGUAGGAGUCUCAGAUCCAUCAAGUGUGGCAGGGCGACCUGGUCUUGUGGAUCAGGCACAAUUUGCUCGAGCAGCACAAGCUAUACAGUCAGCAUGUGCUUCUCUCACCAACCCUGCUACCAACCAGCAGCAGGUUCUUUCUGCUGCAACUGUAAUAGCAAAGCAUACAAGUGCCUUGUGUAAUGCAUGUCGUUUGGCAUCAUCCAAAACAACAAAUCCUGUAGCCAAACGUCACUUUGUGCAGUCUGCGAAGGAUGUAGCUAAUUCCACAGCAAAUUUGGUAAAAGAAAUCAAGGCCCUGGAUCAGGACUACAGUGAAAGUAAUCGUGACUGCUGUGCAAGAGCUACACGUCCACUCCUUGAGGCUGUCGACAGUCUCUGCACCUUUGCUAGCUCACCAGAGUUUGCUUCUCAACCAGCCAAAAUUGGAGCAGUGGCACGUCGUGCACAGGAGCCAGUCACCUCUGCUGCCCGGUCAAUAAUUGAUGGAUCAUGUGCCAUGGUUCGUGCUGCAAAGUCACUGGCAGUCAGUCCUCGUGACCCGCCAACAUGGCAGUUGCUUGCCAACCACAGCAAAAGUGUGUCUGACUCAAUAAAGAAGCUUGUGUCUUCAAUAAGAGAUAAGGCUCCAGGACAAAAGGAAUGUGAUGAUGCCGUAGAGACACUUAGUGGUAAAAUACGUGAACUGGAUCAGGCUUCCUUGUCAGCUGUGUCACAGAGCUUAGCUCCACGUCGUGACAAUAGUUUGCAAGGCUUCACAGACCAGAUGUCCCGGUCAGCAUCUGAAAUCACAGAUAAGCUAGAACCUCUUCGAACAGCAGCCAAGUUUGGAGCAGAAAAUAUUGGUCAUGCGGUGAAUCAAAUGGUGCUCUAUUUUGAUCCCUUGGUAACUGGAGCAGUUGGAGCAGCAUCAAACAUGGUGCACUCAAAGCAGCAGAUGGUACUCCUGGAUCAGACAAAGACUGUAGCAGAGAGUGCUUUACAGUUAGUUUAUGCAACAAAGGAAGGUGGUGGUAAUCCAAAGGCAGUGAAUAUUCAUUCAGACAUUGAUGAGACCGCUGAUGCCUUGCGCGAUGCUCUUCAAGACCUAAGCCGUACAUUGGAGCAACUGUCGACUCAGGCAGGAGUUGUAACAGGCAUUGUUGACACGAUAACACGUGCCAUGUCACGCAUCUCAGAUACACGAGCUAGUGUCGGUGUUGAUGAGGAGCAUGGUUUUGUCGAGUACCAGACACGUAUGGUUCGUGCAGCCAAAGAAAUAGCACGUGUGUCACAAGACAUGGUGGCUAAGUCAGGCACUGAGCCAAGUCAUCUAGGAGCACUAGGUGCCGAGUUGGCACGUUGGUAUGCUCAGUUGGCACAGGAUUCUAUAGGUGCGGCUGCUGCUACGAGUAAUGCUGAAGUAUCUUCUCGUAUCAGAGGUGGUGUACAAGAGCUUGGCCGUGCAUGUCAGACCCUAGUACAGGCUGGUGGCAGUUGUCAGUUGGCUGGUCCCCAUGAUACGUAUGCGCAGAGGGAUGUUGCAGAUGGAGCAAGGCUUGUUUCCGAAAAGGUGUCUGCCGUUCUGGCAGCACUUCAGGCUGGUUCUCGAGGCACCCAGGCUUGUAUCAAUGCUGCCAGCACAGUUUCUGGGAUCAUUGGUGAUCUUGAUACAACUAUUAUGUUUGCCACUGCUGGUACAUUGCAUGCUGACAAUGAAGAUGAAUCAUUCUCUGACCACCGUGAGAACAUACUCAAGACUGCAAAAGCUUUGGUUGAAGACACAAAAACACUUGUUGCAGGUGCAGCAUCCUCUCAAGAGCAGUUAGCUGUUGCUGCUCAGAAUGCUGUUGCAACAAUUGUACAGCUGUCAGAAGUUGUGAAACUCGGUGCAGCCUCUCUUGGAUCCAAUAACCCAGAAGCUCAGGUAAUGCUAAUUAAUGCUGUAAAAGAUGUUGCAUCAGCUCUUGGUGAUCUGAUACAGGCUACAAAGGCUGCAUCAGGGAAGAGCAUCAAUGAUCCAUCCAUGAAUCACCUGAAGGAAUCAGCCAAGGUGAUGGUGACGAAUGUGACAUCUUUACUGAAGACGGUUAAAGCAGUUGAAGAUGAACAUACACGGGGCACCCGAGCAUUGGAGUCAACUAUACAGGCCAUAGCGCAAGAGAUAAGAGCUCUUAAUUCUCCUGACCAGCCAAAGACUUCAGCAACUCCAGAGGAUUUAGUCCGUUGUACAAAAUCGAUUACAGUUGCCACAGCAAAAGCUGUAGCUGCUGGCAAUAGCUGCAAGCAGGAUGACAUCAUUGUAGCUGCUAAUGUUGGCCGUAAAGCCAUUUCAGAUAUGCUCACAAUCUGCAAGGCAACAGCAAAUGCGGCAGAAACAGCCGAACUCAGGUCACGCACAAUACGUGCUGGACAUGAUGUGGCAGUCCAGUACCGCGAGUUGCUGCAGACUAUUCUACACAUUGCCAGUCGACCAGGAGCUGGUGCACAAGAGGCAGCACGCACAGGUCUGCCGCCAAUUUCUCGGAGGAUAGCUCAGUGUGUGGCUGAAUUGGUUGCUGCAGCUGAGUUACUGAAAGGUACGGAGUGGGUGGAUCCAGAUGAUCCAACUGUGAUUGCUGAAAAUGAACUCCUAGGUGCUGCAGCUUCAAUUGAUGCUGCUGCCAAAAAACUGGCUAGCCUUAGACCCAGGAAAUCUGUUAAGGAAGCUGACGAGAGCUUGAACUUUGAUGAGAUGAUACUGGAGGCAGCAAAGUCAAUUGCUGCUGCAAACUCUGCUCUAGUGAAAGCAGCUUCAGCUGCCCAGCGGGAACUAAUUGAAACAGGAAAAGUAAGUCGGCAACCUCUGACUAGCUCUGAUGACGGUCAGUGGUCAGAAGGCCUUAUCUCAGCAGCGCGACUGGUUGCUGCAGCCACACACAGUCUAGUAGAAUCAGCCAACUCACUUGUUCAGGGUAUGUCAAGUGAGGAGAAGCUUAUAUCGAGUGCUAAACAGGUGGCAUCUUCAACAGCACAGCUACUUGUUGCAUGUAAAGUGAAGGCUGAUCCAGACAGUGAAAGCACAAAGCGACUGCAGGCUGCCGGCAAUGCAGUGAAACGAGCAACAGAUAACUUAGUACGUGCAGCCCAGCAGGCAACACAGCAGGAGAAGCAGCGCAGCCUUGUACUGAACCAGAGAAUGGUUGGUGGUAUAGCACAGGAAAUCAAUGCAAGAUCUGAAGUUCUGCGAAUUGAACGUCAACUGGAGGAAGCAUGGAGUCGGUUGACUGCUAUCCGCCAAGCAAAGUACAAAUUAAAAGGAGAAGCUCCAUCAGAUUCAGAACCUGAAACGUACGAAUCAUUCACAUCAAGGUACGAGACACGGUCAUUUGACAAUACUUUGCGCCAGUCUCCAGUGGGCACUUUCACGACCACAUUUUCUACAACAGUCAAUAACAGUACACCACAAAAUGGCAAUGUAUCAUCUCCAGAGAAGCUAUAUUCAAGUUUGAGCAAAGUGGAGAAAGCAUAUUCCAGUAUUCGUGGUAUGCUAGAUGAGGCAGACACAAAGGACACACAGUCUCCUAGUAAACUGUCAAGCUUUGAAACUGCCAGUUCAAAGCCAUUCAAUAGCCCUGCAAAAUUUAACAAAGAAGAACGAAGUAAAACAAGUGAUCAGAGUAAAACAAAUGGUGCACUGAGUAAUAAUGAAACAGAAACUAGAAUUUAUACAAGCACUCCAUCAAGACAGGUGGCAGGCACUUUUGAUUUGUCAAAUGAUUCCAGUCAAGGUUAUUCUAGUAUGACUGCAGAAUCUAGUUUUAACAAUUAUUCCACUUUUCAGGGUGAUGAGAAUACAACUUUAGAGCAAAGAAUGCUAAAGCAGUCAGUUACUCAGCGUACUGAAAAGCGUACGAUCACAAUGACCACAUCAUCACUGAAAUCUUUUCAACUUGAUGAAACCCAGAAAUGAGAUCUUAGUUUUGCAGAACACUUUCAAUAACUUUGCUGGGUUUGGAAUGUUCUGAUUACAGUAGAAUCAAAAACCUAUUUUUUGAUUUAAUAAAACUAAAUAUUUAGUUUUAAAUUUUUAAAGGCUGUAAAACUUUGAAACUGGUAUAUUUUGAGGGAAUAAUCCCACAAAUGGGAAAAUUGUUCCAUUUAAUAACAGAAUUUAUGGAAAUAGUGUCUUUUAAACAUUAUUUUGUACUAUUAUAAUUACUGACUCAGUUUUAAAGUUUUUAUUUAAAGUUAUAUCAUGGAUGUAGUUGCUACAUUAGAUCUAAACUCUCAUGUGUAUGAAAGUGUUAGUGAGUAUGACUUUUUUUUUAUCUGUAUAAUGUAUGAAUGUUACAUAUAAUGUUGAUGAUUAAUGCUGUAAAACUUUAUUAUAUAAAAUGAAUUAUGUUGACAUCAUUUUUUAAUCAAAGUUUUAUAGAAAUUGACAGAUAAUUCUAAAUUUAGUGUUGUUAAUCAGUAACUAAUCACACUGAUGUAAGUAAAUGGUGAAGUAAGCAUUUUUUUUCCAGUAAAAGACAUUCUAUUUGCAACUUUUGGAAUAAUUUUAAGAAAUGAUUGAUAGCACAUUAGUUGGAGCUGAAUAAAAUUUUAUAAUGUGCAUAAUUUAUUUCAUAUUAAAAUUGCCUUUCAAAAUGUUAAUGCUGUCCAUUUGUGAUUACAGACUGUACUAUUUUUGUGCUAUAAGUAUCGAAUGUGGUAAAUUUUGUUAUAGACUGCAUGUAAUUACAAGUCCAAGUAUGUUCUGCAACAUUACAGAGCAGUUAGAACAACCUCUGUCAUUCCUGGAUGUAUUUGGAUGUGAAUGUAUUCACAGGAUUGUGAUUCAGAUUUAAUACAUUCAUUGUUGUCUUUUGAAAUUGUGGUGCUAUGCUAUAAAACUAUUCUGCUUUAUUUUGUUAAAGAAUUAUUUAAAUUUUUGAAAUGUAAAGGAUGUGAUAAAUCAAUAUAGUUUUUAUUAGGAAAGCUGUGAAACCUGUGUUCAGCUCUUGUCUCACUUGCAGUGUAAUUUGUUGUGCUCUGUUUCUUUUUCGAUACAUUUUUUUAUGCUUUGUCCAUACUAAGACUUGAAUGGUCCAGUUACUGAAGUAGUAACAACACAAAUUAUCUUCGAUCUGUGUGCACAUCAUUAGCAUGCAGGAAAAAUUUCAAAAGUAAAAUUUUUACAUGUUAUAUAAUGCAUUAAUAUUGUAAAGGAAGAAAAAUUUUAGGGCUGUAAACCUGACAUGAGAUUUUAGAUGAAUCAUGAAAUGCCUUAUAUGCUGUUGUGGGGGAAAAAAAUCUAGUCUGGUAUGAAUAAUGUAAAUAAAUUCUAGUCUGUUUAAAUGUGAAAGUUAUGAUAGCACAUGAGAAGUAAGCUUUUAAAGCUAUUUUACACCCCUCAAAACAGUAGUUUUAUGGAGUUAAACAGCUGAAUAUGCAUUUUAUAUUUUUUAUUGCAAAUGGAAAGAGGAGGCGAGAGAGAAAUUGUAUCCACAUACUUGUGCCAUUUAUUUUUGUAAUGACUGAAAUGAGCAAUUUACUGGCAAAGGUAAUGUACUGAGCUUAUUGUCGCUUAUGCUAGUGAAAAUUAAAGUCAUUGACCUUCAGGAUAUCCUUAAUGGUAGCAUGCAUGCACAUUGUUAGUAAGCAUUUCCUUUUAAUAUACUUAGAGUAGUAUCUUGAAAACUUCCUACCAUGUCUUGAUGAGUUGUCUUUUGGCCUGCCAUUGUUACACUGUAAUAUUCUGACUUUCACAAUAGUGCAUACAGCUGCUAAUGGUUAUUUGCCAGCUGAUAAUGGUUAUUUGCUUUUGUACAUAUGUAAUACAGACUUUGAAUUUAAAGUUAGAGGCAAAAGGCACAAACUGCAUCAAAUGCGGGUUGUAAGACCAUACCUAACAUGUGAAGGUAUAUAACAACUGGCUAGAUACAAUAUGAGAAAUCAGAUGCAGACUUUGAUGUCACUGAGGUCAAGUUUUCCCUCCUUGUUAGCCAAAGAGAAAAAGGACCAAAAAGAUUCAUUAUUAAAAAAAAAAAAAACGGAGAUGAAGGUAAAAACACAGGGCUCAGAAUGUAUGAUAUAAUGCAUUACCUACUUUCCACUUUUUUUUGGGGGGGGGGGGGGGGGGAAGGGAGGGGAGGAGUCAUGCACAUAAACACUAUGGCUAAAAAGAGUGUAUCAGUUUUUCCUUCUCUCUUAGGAAACACUGGUAUGAAUGAGCUAGGAACUUUUUUAUGUUUUUGGGGUUAUUCCUUCAGUUAAUAAGUAUGCAAUUUGUGCUGUUAAGUAACUACAAACCUAAAACAUUGUGGGGACCUUGGCUAACAAACACAUCCAAAAGUACAAACUUUUAACUGGACAAUUAGAUUUCUCAUUAAGGAUGGAGAGAGGGAUAGAUAUGAGUAUCACAGUAGAGAUCCAGUAUCAUCAUCAAAUUAGAUUUUACAUGCUACAUGCUAACUUUUCAUUAUUUCCAUCAUUAGUGGCAAUGCACAACACUUUACCUGCAUUAAUUGCAAAAUACAAUGUCUUACUAAUAACUUAAUAGGAAAGGUGCUAGCCAUCAUCAAAUGGGGAAAACCACCCAGUGUCGAAGUGGAGAUAAGGUGCUUCUAGUCACUGGUGUUGCAUAAAGUUUCAUUUCCUCUACACACACUGUGUUCGCUCUGUCAUGUGAAGUGCAAGUUAUGCUGUACACUUUUGUGCAGACAUUUCCACCACCUCUCAGUUUUGUCAAUUUUUGUGUGUACCACAUACUGUUGAUAAUUUACUAUGUUUAUAAUUGUUCAUUUUUUCAACUGUAGUAGUUCAUCUAUUCAGUGUUUUGUAUUGUUAAAGAUAAACUUUUGUUUAUUAAGAAUGUGGCUUUUAAUAGUGGAAUAUAUCAUCUAAACCACUAUCAUUAUUGUUACAUGAAAGGUGAAGUGUGUUCAUGAAGUGUUUGUCCAGAGUAACUGCUAUAUUUAGUUAAAUAAAAAUCUUAAUAAGAAGACAUUGUUGUGAUAGUUAAUUUUUUUUUAAAUACUUUAGGAGGAAAGAGGCCAUUCACCAAAUAGCCUAAGUGUUGAGACAUCAAGACGUGCACACAAGACUUUUUAGCUUUUGGAAUAAAUACUUCAUCGAGCUACACACACACACACACACACACACACACACACACACACACACACACACACACACACCCCUGUGCCCCUACGUUGUGCCGGAUGGAUAUUCAUUGUAGGUCCACAUAGCACAGUGUUAGAGCGCAGGUGUGUGUGUGUGUGUGUGUGUGUGUGUGUGUGUGUGUGCGCAUCAUGCACUUGCACAUUGAUUUAUACUCAAAAGUAACAACAAGUUUUCCUUUUGAGUGUGCCUGGUAGCUAAAUGCUUCUGCUAUAAUGUGAGUUGUCACCUUUAGUCCUAAAGUAUUUAUGUUCUUCCAGAAGUUUCGUUACUAAUUUGUUUUUAGUUUAACAAAAGUACAUACAUUUAAAUUGCCUGUAAAGUAUAUGUUGUUAUAUUUUUGUUUGUGAAUGUUUCUCACCACUUUCACUGUUAAACAUUAAUACAUUGUUAUUGCAGAGGAACAAGGCAUUUAACAGGCAUGUUGUAAGGAAAUAACAGCACCCCCCUCACACCUACCUCUCUCUCUCUCUCUCUGUCACAAUUAUAGCAUCUUAGUAUUCACAUUUGAGGUACAUCACCACAGUGUAUCAUAAACACAUGGGACUGUUGCUGGAUAUCCAAAUAGUCAGUUGUAUGAUGGACAUAAUGAAUUCGGUGAUGCUGUUCCUGAUUUCUUAGCACAUUCUUCUCAGCUGAGAUGUUUUGAUAGGUGACAAUUUAAAAUUUCAUCUUAUAUUUGUUGCUGGUAUAGAACUGUGUUAAAAAUGGCUGUUUUGGUUUCUUGCAGCAGUCACAUGGUGGGGGCAGUCUGAAAUGAGAUUUUUCUUACAUUCCAUUUGUGUAGUAAACUGAAGAAAGAAUUCAGAAUUCUUUACCAUUUUUAUUUCAUGUUAGAUGGUGUCUGCAACUGUAAAAGAUUUGCAUGUUUUUCUGUGAAAAAGAUAAAUAUUAAUUAGGAAACAGUGUUUUAAAAUAGAUAUUUCAUUUGAAACUUACCUCCAGUGAUGUGCUGGGAAGUAUUAGACCUUACCAUACAUUUCAAAUAAAAUAUAUGUUUUUAGUUUGACAGUUGUUAGUCAUUUGGUUAGAGUUCAUAUAUUCUUUUUUACUGUAAAAUGCAAUUAGUAGCUCAGUAAGCUUUUCCUUACAACAUGCUGAUGACCUGUGUUAUUCUUUAAGUGGCAAGACUGUGGAUGUUUUGUAUUACAAUUUUUCAGUUCUAAGACAAGUCUUACCCUAAUUCCUAGGAUGAUAAAGGCCAUGUUUUCCACUUUGCAGUGUGUAACACAUUCACUGUGGCAUGCAUAUUUAAAGUGAAUUAACCUUUUUUUCACCAAUGUAAUACACACAGAAGUGAAUACUUUGAUAAAACAUUUUCAUGAUUGAACACUAGCUGCGGGUCAGUACGCCAAAGCUUUAAUUUAUUUUGAUUGUAAAAUGACUAAAACGCAUACUAUACCAAUACUUCAUAAACUGAUUAAUCAUGAUGUAUUACCAUAAUUUCAUGAUGAAGAAAUGGGCCUUACUUUGUAUGAAAUAUUAGUAAUAUCUGUCUACUGAAAUAUAUUUUUAGAAUUGUUAUUUUACUAGAGCUUGUAAAAAUUGGUGCCUUGUUAAAAAGAAUUUUAACAGUUAAUAUGUAUCAAAGGCUAGAACAUGAAUUUUAAAUUAAAAACACAACAUUAUUUACAGAA